UUCAGAAUCAAAAUGGCCGCCGAUGUGACACAAUUUUGGUGUAGUCUCAGUAAUCGGCUGAAACUCAUGGAUUCCACUCAAAUCAAACAGGGAAAUCUAAGAUAUUUAAUACACUUGUUACUUGCUUCAUUAGCUGGAUUAUCAAUAGCGAUAAUUGUCACACAUGCACCGGUAUUUUGGCGACUUCGAUCGAGUAAGAACACUCUUGAUCCACCAGGAUUCCGCGAAGGACUGAAUAUGUUGAUUCCAGAAAUACAUUUUGACGCUGAAGUUCAAGACCCCCUGUAUGGCGAAGCACUAGCAGCAUUAAAAGCUGCUUCAGCAAUGAAACAUGGUGGAAAACAUUCCAAAGCUGUCAAGCUCUUCCAACAAGCUGUUUCCUUAGCACCGCAUCAUCCAGAAAUACUACUACAGUACGGGGAGUUCCUAGAACAACAUGACGUGGUCCAGGCAGAGCAUCUAUAUAACCGCGCCCUCACUGCAAACCCUUUGGACUCACGGGCUUUAGCAAACAGGCAGAGAGCACUCCCAAAAGUCAAACAACUUGACCAAGAAAUGCUGGACAAAAUAGAUGAAAAGCGUGAUAAGCUGUUCAGUAUACCGGCUGGAAGUCUUCCUAUGAAAAGAGCCAUUAAAGAGGCAUACUUUCAACAUAUUUAUCACUCAAACGCUAUUGAGGGUAAUACCAUGACACUUUCUAUGACGAGAGCUAUUGUGGAAACUAAAAUGGCAGUACCUGGAAAAAGUAUCUUGGAGCAUAACGAGGUUUUAGGACUUGAUGAGGCCUUGAAGUACGUCAACAGUACUCUGAUCCAGAAAUCAGAGAGCAUUACAAUAGAUGACAUCAUUGAAAUUCAUAGGCGUGUUCUUGGGCAUGCCCACCCAUUAGAAGCUGGGAGGUACAGAAGCACCCAGGUGUUUGUGAGCGACCACGUGCCCCCAGCUCCUGAAGACCUAGAAAAGCAAAUGAAUGCUUUCAAUGACUGGUUGUUAUCAAGGGACCCUGAAAUCUUACAUCCUAUUGAGUUUGCUGCUCUUUCUCACUACAAACUCGUCUACAUCCAUCCAUUUACAGAUGGAAAUGGAAGAACUGCUAGGCUUCUUAUGAAUGCCAUCCUGAUGCGUGCUGGAUUCCCACCAGUUAUUAUCAGAUUCCAAGACAGGCAUGAUUAUUAUGAGUAUCUUAAUCAGGCUAAUCACGGCGAUAUACGACCCUUUAUUAGAUUUGUGGCGAGGUGUACAGAGAGGACUAUUGAUGCAUAUUUAGCAUCCACAACUAUUUACCCAUUAGGUCAUGAACGCACCAGAGAACUAACAGAUGCACAUGACGAGAAAGAUCCAAAUCGUUGAUCAAAAGAAUUGUAUUUAAUAUCAAAAUAUUUAUACCCUUAGAGAACAAAAAUAAAGAGCUAUUUUUACUAUA